AUGGCUGAUACUCCAAAGGAGGGAAAACUGACCAGAUUUCUGGACUUUACCCAGCUGAUUGAUUUGGCCUCUGAGUGCGUGGGAGGAAAGGUUUUGUUUGCGACGGAUGACUUUUUUGGUCCUGCAGAAAAUCUCAUAAAGAGCAGCAGUCCGAGUUUUAAGGAAAAUGAAUACACUGAGUUUGGGAAAUGGGUGGACGGAUGGGAGACCAGGCGUAAACGAAUUCCAGGUCAUGACUGGUGUGUCAUCCAACUGGGAAUACAGGGCAUUAUCCGUGGUAUCGACGUGGACAUUUCUUACUUCUCAGGAAACUAUGCUCCUCGCAUGUCAAUUCAAGCUGCAAACUUGAGUGAAGAUACAAUGACAAACAUCACACCCAGGGGAGUUAAGAUGGGAGCUGCAGCAACACCUGAGGAAUUUGAAGCCGUUACUGAGCUGAAAUCGCACUCCUGGGAUUACCUGGUUCCCAUGUCAGAGCUUAAGCCAGGGGACCCUGACUCCAGCCACAACUAUUUUUUUGUUAAUUCCCAGCAAAGAUGGACUCAUAUAAGACUCAACAUCUUCCCAGAUGGUGGUGUUGCACGCCUUCGAGUGUACGGUACUGGACAGAGGGACUGGGCUGCCUUGGAUUCCACGGAACCUGUAGACCUGGUGGCCAUUGCGUUUGGGGGCGUCUGUGUAGGAUUUAGUAAUGCACACUUUGGACAUCCAAAUAAUAUGAUAGGUGUUGGUGAGCCCAAGUCCAUAGCAGAUGGUUGGGAAACUGCGAGAAGAUUGGACAGACCCCCGGUGUUAGAAGGUAGUGAGAACGGCCUUCUCCCGGUCCCGGGUUGUGAGUGGGCAGUGUUCCGAUUGGCACAUCCUGGAGUCAUCACUCAAAUUGAAAUUGAUACGAAGUUCUUUAAAGGCAAUUCUCCUGACAGCUGCAAAGUGGAUGGGUGCAUCCUGACCACACUGGAAGAGGAAGACAUGAUCAGGCAGAAGUGGAAUCUUCCUGCCCAUAAGUGGAAGUCAUUGCUUCCAGUCACCAAGCUAAUUCCCAACCAAAAUCACUUGUUGGACAGCCUGACCCUGGAGCUUCAGGAUGUCAUCACUCAUGCCAGGAUUACCAUUGCCCCCGACGGCGGUGUGAGCCGCCUUCGGCUCAAGGGCUUCCCUAGUUCCAUCUGCUUACUGCGGCCGCUCCGUGAGAAGCCCAUGCUGAGGUUCUCCCUCAAGGCGGGCUUCAGGGCGAAUCUUUAA